AUGAGGAGAGGAGGUGGGGGGGUGGCCGCAGCGUCCCUUCUUACUAACCCCCACAUCCCCACCCCCAAUCAACCACCCUCCUUCAACCUCACCCCCCAUUUCAGCCACCCCCUGGAACCGCACCCCCUCCCUCCCUUCCUUCCUCCACACCCCUGCCCAACCCACAGUUGUCUCUGCCCUGUCCUUCACACUGCAGCCAGCCCUCCCACCCCCCCGCUCCCGCCACCUACCCCCCACAGUAGCAGCCGCGGGAGGGGAGAGGCAGGGCAGAGGGUGGUGCUCUGCUCGCGGGGUUCUCUGCUGGCGGGGUUCUCUGCUGGCGGGGUUCUCUGCUGGUGGGGUUCUCUGCUGGCGGGGUUCUCUGCUGGCGGGGUUCUCUGCUGGUGGGGUUCUCUGCUGGCGGGGUUCUCUGCUGGCGGGGUCUCGUGCUGGCGGCUGGCCCUGGAGCUGGUGCUGGUGCUGGCGGCUGGCCCUGGAGCUGGUGUUGGUGCUGGCGGCUGGCCCUGGUGCUGGUGCUGGCGGCUGGCCCUGGAGCUGGUGCUGGUGCUGGCGGCUGGCCCUGGUGCUGGUGCUGGUGCUGGCGGCUGGCCCUGGAGCUGGUGCUGGUGCUGGCGGCUGGCCCUGGAGCUGGUGCUGGUGCUGGCGGCUGGCCCUGGAGCUGGUGCUGGUGCUGGCGGCUGGCCCUGGAGCUGGUGCUGGCGGCUGGCCCUGGAGCUGGUGCUGGUGCUGGCGGCUGGCCCUGGCGCUGGUGCUGGUGCUGGCGGCUGGCCCUACUGGUGCUGGUGCUGGCGGCUGGCCCUGGUGCUGGUGCUGGUGCUGGCGGCUGGCCCUGGAGCUGGUGCUGGCGGCUGGCCCUGGAGCUGGUGCUGGUGCUGGCGGCUGGCGCCGGUGCUGGUGCCUGGUGCUGGUGCUGGUGUUCCGCCGCCACUCCCUUCCCCCUUUUCCUCUCUCCCCCACAGCAUUCCGCCGCCACUCCCUUCCCCCUUUCCCUCUCCCCCUACAGCGUUCCACCGCCAAUCCCUUCCCCUCCUCCCUCUCCCACCCACAGCGACAGCCGCUGCACACGCGAACAGUCGCGACGGGGGGGGGGGGGGGUGA